AUGAUUAUGAAGGACGCCCUUUCCGGCGAGGCUGCUGGUUCUGCUAUUUGGCAUUCCUAUCUUCCGAAAAGCCAGGAUGAAAUUGAUCGAGAAAUGCGGCCUACAGAAUUCCAACUUCCUGCUGACGCCAACAAGGAAGUGGGAAAUAAGUUGAUUCAUAACAGCAUCAGAAGACGGCAUAAAGUUCUGGCGCCCACCAUUGGUGCCCAAAAGCCCUACGCUUCGAUAGACACGAGUCCGAAGUAUCAGAAACCUGGAGCUGCUUCACAACUGCUCGACUGGAGAUUGAAGCGAGCUGAUGGUCGAGGGCCCCCUACCUAUGUCGAAAGAACUCCCCUUUCCAUCGGCACUCUUGUCGGAGCAUUGAUGGCGGGUCCCGUUGCAAACAAUGCCGCCAUUGGCCGUAAAUACUCCAUCUGUAUAUGGUCGGUCAUCUUCUGCGUUGGCGUCACCGUGCAGAUUGGUGCUCGUGGUCCCCGUUGGUAUGAAGUGAUGAUUGGAAGAAUCAUUGCGGGACUUGCGAUAGGUGGUCUUUCCGUCAUGGUUCCCUGCGUACCAGGGAGAAUCCAGCCCUCGACAUGUCCGGGGAGCCAUUGUCUGCUGCUACCGGGUACGCCGUCGAAAUCUGGUCUUGGUUUUGGAGAAUGUACGACCGAACCGACAGUGAACGCAAAGCUCUUCAUCGCCAUUGGUAUCUUGAUUGCCAACUUAGUCAACUUUGGAACCGAAAACAUCCAAAGCACAGCCUCAUGGCGAGUGCCGAUGGGAGUCGGCUUCUUGUUUGCGUUGGUUCUCGGUUUUGGUAUUCUUGCUUGUCCGGAAACCCCUCGCCACGAAUACCGGCACGGCAAAAUUGACAGUGCGACCACCUCCAUCGCCAAAUUUCAUGGUGUCUCCGAGCGACACACCGUGGUCAGGAACCAAUUAAUGGAAAUGCGAAAAAAGCUUCAAAUCGAGAUUGAAGGAGGAAGCCACCCCUGGUACGAGGCCCUUCAGCAACUUGCCGGGGCCAACUACUUUUUCUAUUAUAGCACCACGGUAUUCGCGUCGGUCGGACUGUCUAAUUCUUAUGUUACCCAAAUAAUUCUGGGUGCUGUCAACGUUGGGACAACCUUUCCGGGCCUUUACUUUGUCGAGAAGUUCGGUCGUCGCAAAUGCCGUAUGACUGGAGCGGCCUGGAUGUUCAUGUGCUUCACGAUCUUCGCCUCUCUGGGGCAUUUGCCUUGCAAAAUGAUGACGGUAGCAACAACCAGACAAUCGGUUAUGUCAUGA